GGAGGAGAGCGGGCAGCACAACCCGCCGCCCGUUCGGGAAGCCGAGGCCGCACCCCGCGGCGCCUGGAGCCGGCACUCACCCCAUCUCGCCGCACGGCAACGCCCCUUUAAAGGCCCCGCCCCUCCCGCCGGCCGCCGCGCAGCGCAAGAUGGAGGCGGCGGGCGAGGAGCGGAGGGCGCCGGCCGCCUUCGUGGCGGCUGUGGGACCCGAGGCCGGCGGUACCGCGGUGCUGCCCGAGCGGCUGCAGCGGCGGGAGGCGGAGCGGCAGCGCGGCGUGGCGCGGCAGCGGGAGCUGAAGGAGGCGCAGGCGGUGCGGGAGGAGGGCAGCGAGUUCUUCGCCGCCGCCUUCGGCCGGGAGCGGGAGGCGGUGGAGGCGCUGCUGGCGGCCGGGCGGCCCGAGGAAGCGGCGGAGCGGCUGCAGGGGCUGCGGAAGCUGCUGACCGAGAGCGUGCGCUUCCUGGCGCCCUACGAGGUGCGGCAGGGCCAGGAAGCCGUGUCCCGGCUGCAGGCCGAGCUGGAGGCCCGGCGGCAGCAGCUGCAGCCCAAGAAGAAGUUCGCCUUCCGCAACCUGAAGAAAGAAGCGGCCCCGGGCGCCGAGCCGCGCCACGCCGAGCCCGAGGAGCCCGCCCAGCCGCCGGCCGCGGGCAGCGCCGAGGGGGAGUCGGGCGGGGCUCCGCUGUGCGGCUUCAGCCGAGCCGAGGGCCGGGAGCUGGAGCUGGGCCCGGCCGAGCUGCUGCAGCGCGACGUGGUGCUGGAGGAGCUGCGCGGCUGCCGGGUGCGGCUCCGCGGCAACCCCAACACGCUGCGGGUGCGCGAGUGCCGCGGCUGCACCGUGCUGUGCGGGCCCGUGUCCACCUCCGUGCUGGUGGACGGCUGCAGCGAGUGCCAGCUGGUGGUGGCCUGCCAGCAGCUCCGCACGCACCGCACCCGCGGCAGCCGCUUCUACGUGCAGGUGACCAGCAGGGCCGUCAUCGAGGACUGCAGCGACGUGUCCUUCGCGCCCUACGCCUGGAGCUACCCGGGCGUCGAGGCGGACUUCGAGUCGUCCGGGCUGGAUAGAAACAGCAACAACUGGAACCUGGUGGAUGACUUCGACUGGCUGGCGAGCGACAGCCCCUCGCCCAACUGGAGCCUCAUCCCCGAGCAGGAGCGGGUCAGCUGCUGGGACUGACCGAGCCACGGAGCUGCCGGCAACACGCCGAUCUGCGGGUGGGAGGGAUUCGCCCCUGCGGGCCGUAAAGUGAUUGAUUGCACGUGGUGCUUCAAUGGGACUUACAGCCUGUGGCUGCCUCUUCUCCUUGAAAAAUGCCACUGGGCUGUAGUUUACUAUUACUAAAUUUGCUGCUGUAAUCUGUACGUAUCGCUGUGGGGUUGGCCAACUACUGCAGUACCUCAUUGCUGAAUUUCUUUCAUUAAGAUGGGGCUGGGAGCACUGCUAUUCAUAUGGCAGCAAUCCUCGAUUGGAGCCGCUGUGCUGCUGUCAUUCAGCCAGGCAGAAUCCAGGCUCCCUGCUAGUGCAAGCUGUAGUCAACUGAAAAGAGGGAAUGCCAGAUCCAUCCCGUUUCUGUGGUGCUGCAGUUACAGACUGCUGUUAUGGGUAUGGGGGAGGGAGGUGUUCGGUGAAGCAGCAAAUGGAAGUUUAAAGAGGGAGUUUGUACACGGGUGCUCUAUGUCUGAGGUGAAUCCUGGGCCACAACACGUCUGGGCCCCAGGUUCUGCUGUGUGGGUGACAGCUGUUAGUCAGAAUUCUGUUUCAAGAAAAAGUUAAUGCAAAUAUAACACUGUCCUGUUGUAUUAAUGAUUGAAAUGAAGCAGCCUCCAGAAGGUAGAUAAAUACUAAACAACAGCAGUCUCAAAAUGUGUGAGAGGGAGCUGGCUCUGUCAACAGCACAAACCAGAAUAAGAUUACACUUGGGGUUACCCCUCAGGGCACACACUGCUGUAUGCUGACAGACAUCACACGUUGCAGGGCAGUGGUGCUCAUGCACCUCCCAAUGGUUGGUUUUCCUGCCUGCAGCCAGCGAGCUUUGCUGUGGGUGUAGCUCACAGCGCUGCCACUGACUAUCACAUGCAGUGCUGACAGAGGGACUUCAUAAAACGUGACAACAGAGUAUGGCAUUUGGGUUCCAGAAUAGCAUCUUGGUGCACAGUUACUUUCCAAGUCCCAUUUAUUCACUCUUGUUCAAUACCAGAAAAAAAAUAGAAUGAUUGGGGGCGGGGGGGGUCUCUUUAUAAUGACCUGUUAAUGAGCAGUGUGCAAAACCAGCCCCUUAGGAAGGAAAUCAUUACCUUGCUUAAGCAGCAGCUCUGAAGUUGUAUUUAAGAACUCUGCCAAAUAUUUAUGCUGCACUGUCACUGUAUGUGCCUCUAACAGAGCAAAAAUACUGGCUAAUCUAUUAAAACUGCAUCACUGCUAUGAGGAAUACUUUAAGUUCUUAACUGCUUUGGGGCAACAGAGAAACUUAACCUGUUUUUUCAGCAUAUUUAUUUAAAAGGGGAUGAAAAAAGGGGUGAUUUUUUAAAAUGUUUUUUCCACAGUUUCACAGUUUUGUUUACUUUUGUUUGUACUUUUUAUGAAUGAACUGGAUUUUGCAUUUCAGUUUCUGGUUUGGGGUUGAGUUGUUUCUUCACUGUGCAUUGACAGCAUCAUAAAGUCAUUCAGAGGGAA